AUGACCACCCUUUCACCUCAUGAUUCUGAUAUCAUUGCAAAGCAUCCUUUUAAUGACUCGCUAAAUUCGCUGCGAGGCCCACUUCAGGAGGCAGAGCAAGCAUAUGAUGCCUCAGCUGAUCCUAAGGAUGAAAUCUGUCAAAGGGCAAUAUCAAAACUUCUUUCUUUUUUUCUGGGGCAAGAGAUAGCUGUUGAGCUUCAAUCUAAAAUAAGUAAACACAGUGUGGCUCGUGAGCUUGUAGAUAUCCAUGAAUGUAUUCUCAAGGGUGAUUUCAACUACAACGACUUUCGACUGUUGGCGCGGCUCAUCAUCCAAAAAGCACCAGAUGUUGAUAUUUGGAAGGCUGUUCUUGAUCUCACAGUUACUAUCUCACAAUCAAUUCCUCCACUGACAAGCAUCCCCCCUUUCUUUACUGGCACGCCAGUAAAAUCAACCUCAUCAUCACAGAAAGACUCCGAGCAGACACGCGAGUUGGUGAAUAUGAGAAUCUUUGAGGAGAUAUGCGACUGCACAUUUCAGAAUGUUGAGGGCUUCUUCAACAAGUACUUCAAGGGAAAAGACUGGAGUGACAAAGCAGAUGCCAUCUGUCAACAUGUGCUAGCCCCAGACAGUGAUGGGAACUGGGCCCAGUUUCCUGAUCCUCCUAUGCAGAGUGAUGUCCUUACCUGGUGGUUUCAACUUCAAAAAUGCCUUCUCUCAGAAUCACGCAGCAUCUACAGCACCACAGUGAGCAAAGCAAAUCUUACUGGUUCAAAGACAGAAUGGCAACUUGACCUUCUUCUGAAAGCUAGAAGCACAAGCCUCUCACAAGACAAACAUGACUGGAGAGACAUCCUGGUGAUUGGUGAGCUGAAAAAAUCAGAGAAGGAGAUCAGGGCCAAAGAUACAUUGCUGCAGAUAAGCUGCUAUGUGUUUGUGGGCUACACCAUGAUGAGUGAUGAGGAGCUGGGACUGGACACCUUUAUUGCUAGAAAUGAAGAUGGCAGCAAAUCAAUAACCAUCAAAGAGUCUGAAUCCUCAGAGGAAUUGACACUGCGGCUGAGUGAAAUGCUUACCUUUCAGCAUGCCAUUGUGUGCUGUGGGACGACAUGUUUUCUCACAGAUGAUGGAGAAGUGGAGGGUGUAGCCAAGCUCUCAUGGGUAUCAGAUAAGUGGUGCCCAGAGGUGGAACUCCUCAAGCUAGCAGCUCAAAAAAACGUCCAAGGGAUUGCCAGGAUUAUUGGACACAGUACCAUCACCAGCAUAGCUGACAUGCGCUGCGGCCUGACCUUUGACAACAAGCACCAUGACUUCAAAAGUGCAACCUCCAGUAGAGUCUCCUCACUUCAUCAAUCUCAGCCAUCUGCUGAGCCCUGUCACUUGAAUAUUCAUCAAACAUCUUCCAGGAAAUGCAAAUAUCCAGGCAAGGGAAUGCAGGUGUCCAAACAACCACAUUUUGCCAGUCAAUCAUUGAGGACCUCUCAGCAGAACAAUGAACUUACUUUCUCCAUUCAGUCAGUGCACACACCAAGUCUCUUUGACAGGAAUGGCAAGGAACUCUAUGACAACUGUGUUCUCCGCUGUCUGGUGAUAUCACCUGCUGGCCGGCCAAUCUACAAGUACAAAUCACCCUUGGAGCUACUCAUGGCACUUCGUGAUGCAAUAAAGGCACAUCAGUCUCUUUACCUGGAUGGAAACAUCCUUCAUCAAGAUAUUUCAGAGAACAAUAUAAUAAUAACCAAUCCUGAAAAGACAGAUGGUCACUCUGGCAUGCUAAUUGAUCUGGACCUUGCCAAAGAAGUUGGAAGUGAGCAAAGUGGUGCAUGCUACUGGACUGGCACAAUGGAGUUCAUGGCAAUUGAAGUGCUUCUUAAUGUCAACCAUACUUACCGGCAUGAUCUUGAGUCUUUCUUCUAUGUGCUUAUCUGGCAGUGUGCCCAUAACAGCUGGAGAAAACUAAAUGAGCUACAGAGACAGAGACAGAGACAGCCACAAGACAGCUUGCUGAGAGAAUGGUAUACUGGAACUUAUGUGAAAAUUGCAACUUAUAAGCGAGGCAACAUGGAAGCUGGUGGAUUUGAAUUGGUUCUGCAGGAGUUUCCACUGGAAUUUGAGUGUGUCAAACAUCUCUGCAGGACCAUACGAGGUGUGCUGUUUCCUUAUGGGAAGGAAGGAAUGAUUGUUGGAACACCACAAGACCCAAAAAUACUCUAUGAUCCUAUUAUUAAGGCGUAUGAUGAUGCGAUAGCAGUGAUUGAAGCUUAA